AUGGGACAUGAUUGUACAAAAAUAUUUGCCGAAGGUUCUUACACCAGCAACGGACCUUCCUUGGUCAAACCAAUUAAGUCACUUCCUCCUUUCUUGGCCUUCUGUGAGAGUCGAGCAGAUGGGGGAUGGACUGUGAUCCAACGACGCAAUGGGAGAGGUGCUGAUGGCAACCCUGUGAGAUUUUACAGACCAUGGCUUGACUACAAAAAUGGAUUUGGAGAUGUUAACUAUGAACAUUGGUUGGGGCUUGACUACAUCUAUGCGCUGACCCACCAGGAAGGUAAAACUUGUCAGCUUCGAGUGGACAUGGUUGACUGCCAAAACCAGCAGGGUUAUGCCCUCUAUGACAACUUCAGCAUUGACAGUGAGAAGGACCUUUAUCGCCUCCAUUUGGGAAAGUAUGAAGGAAACAGAGGAGAUGCCUUCCGGGCAAAUGCAUAUUCAAAGGAACAAGAUGGCUAUCCAUUCAGUACAUACGACAAUGACAACGACGGCUGCAACCCAUGCAUAGGGGGAGACAUAGCCUUUAAUAAUUGCGCAGAAAGCAAAACCUCUGGAUGGUGGUACAGCGACUGCGGCCUGUCGGAUCUCAAUGGGGAUUGGCACAACCAAGCUCAGUGCAUAGGCUGGGCUUCUGCGGUGUACUGGGAGACAUGGAGUAGUUACCGUUCAUUAUUGUCUACUGAGCUGAAGGUGAAAUGCACCUAAAAUGGGAGAGUGCUUGGAAAGUGUUCUCUGUUUAGAUUUCCAAAUCAUCACAAAUCUGAAGGAGGAAGGCCAUACUAUGUGAAUAAAUAUGAAAUUCAACGUAAGAUGGUUGGCAAUGCUUUCCAACAAAUUGCUAUAUAUCCACUAUGCAGUUAAUCACUUUUAAUUGAUAUUAAAAAAAUAAACUGAAAUGAUGAA